GUGGAAUCGAAUCCAUACAUAGUUUAUUUACUAUUUGCGAAACCAUACAGGCGCACACUGGGAAUCACCAUUUGUUUGCUGUCCAGUGAAUCCAAUGCAGCGACCACGGGACAAUUGAAGUCGCCGCUGUACCUUUGAGCCCUCCGUUCCUUUCUCACUUCGCUUCUGCCUGUACCCCCGCGGUAUUUUCUUAUUCCAGGGCCUAGCCUAGCCUUGCGCGAGCCGUGACCUGCGACCUGCGUCCUGCGUCCUACCCUGAACCGUACCGAGACGAAACUCUGCGCUUCAUAACUUGCCCCUCAAAAUGCCUCCCAAGUCGAGGUUCACAAGGCUCGAUGCCUUCACAAAGACGGUAGAAGAUGCGAGAAUACGGACGACGUCAGGUGGUGUUGUUACCAUUGUCUCCUUGCUCGUCGUGCUGUGGCUUGCUUGGGGAGAAUGGGCCGACUACAGGAGGAUAGUCAUCCACCCUGAGCUGAUCGUCGACAAAGGCCGUGGAGAGCGCAUGGAAAUCCACAUGAACAUCACCUUUCCCCGGCUGCCCUGUGAGCUUCUGACACUGGAUGUGAUGGAUGUCUCCGGCGAACAACAGCACGGCGUCAUGCACGGCGUAAGCAAGGUCAGACUUGAGUCCACUGCUCACGGCGGUGGUGUGAUCGACAUCAAGGCCUUGUCACUGCACGAUGAUAGUGAAGCUGCAACGCAUCUCGACCCCGAGUAUUGCGGGAGCUGUUACAGCGCCCCCGCGCCUAGCGGUGCUACCAAGCCCAACUGUUGCCAAACCUGCGACGAAGUCCGAGAAGCAUACGCGCAGGCUUCGUGGGCAUUUGGAAGAGGUGAAAAUGUCGAACAGUGCCAACGGGAGCACUAUGCUGAAAAGCUGGACGAGCAAAGGCAGGAAGGCUGCCGCAUCGAGGGCGGCCUGCGAGUCAACAAGGUGGUUGGAAACUUCCACUUUGCUCCUGGCCGAAGUUUCAGCAAUGGCCCCAUGCACGUUCACGACCUCAAGAACUACUGGGAGAGUCCCGUCAAGCACUCUUUCGAGCACACUAUCCACCAUUUGCGCUUUGGUCCCCAACUCCCUGAGGAUAUCCAGAAGAAGAGCUCCAAGAAGAGCCCGUGGACCAACCACCACCUGAACCCCCUCGACGAUGUCAAGCAAAGCACCGACGACCCAAACUUCAACUUCAUGUACUUUGUCAAGAUUGUCCCAACGUCGUACCUGCCAUUGGGCUGGACGGCAGGAUCCAACCAAGGACCUGAUGAGAGCUCUUGGAUUGGUAGCUACGGCCAGGCUUAUGACGGUAGCUUGGAGACUCAUCAAUACUCGGUCACCAGCCACAAGCGAAGCUUGGCCGGCGGCGAUGAUAGCGCUGAGGGUCACAAAGAGCGUCUCCAUGCCCGGGGUGGUAUCCCUGGUGUCUUCUUCUCAUACGACAUCUCCCCCAUGAAGGUUGUUAACCACGAGGAGCGUGCCAAGACAUUCACUGGCUUCCUGACAGGCCUCUGUGCUAUCCUUGGUGGCACGCUUACAGUGGCGGCAGCUGUGGAUCGCGGUCUCUUCGAGGGAGCGACCAGAAUCAAGAAGCUGCGCACGAAAGAUCUAUAGAAGCGAGCAGUAAUCGCGUAGUGUAUGAGGAAGGCUUGUGUCAAUGGUUCUCUCAUUAAAAGAUGCAUAGGAAGUGGCGUUACCGGCUAGCUUUUUGAAAUAUCAAUGGAUUUCUUCUCGACCCGAUCCUGCGAAUUAUUCACCACGAGAUUUCGCUACGUCUAUCACCCGCCAUGUGAUCGUUUAGUUAU